AUGUAUUCUGGUAUGCUGGUCAUAAUUCAGCUGGAGACAUCCCCCACCCAGGGCGGGAGGCGCAAGAAGGAAGCGCGCCGGGCGGGGGUCCUUCCACGUCAGGUCCCUUUCCACGACCGCACCGCGAGGAGGACACAGCGGACCCUCCGUGCGGCCGGUUUCCUGCCUGAUGCAGAGCCGUCAGCCGCUCGCACUCGCUGGAUUUCCGAAUCGCGGAGACGCCCGGCGGUCCCGAGGAGGGUGGGGACUGGGCGCGCCGGGGUGGGAGCCGCAAUCCGCAGGAAGGAGGAAUCGGGCUGGACGGCACCCCCUGGAUCUGGGAAGCCCGCGCUCUGGUGCGAUGCGGCCACACGCGAGCACCUGCGCUCGGGGCACCUGGAUGACGAUGGAUUGCCGCACGGGUUCUGCACAGUCACCUACUCCUCCACAGACAGAUUUGAGGGGAACUUCGUUCACGGAGAAAAGAACGGACGCGGGAAAUUCUUCUUCUUUGACGGCAGCACCCUGGAGGGGUAUUACAUGGAUGAUGCCCUGCAGGGCCAGGGAGUUUACACCUAUGAGGACGGAGGGGUGCUCCAGGGCACCUAUGUGGACGGAGAGCUCAAUGGCCUGGCCCAGGAGUACGACACAGACGGGAGACUGAUCUUCAAGGGACAGUACAAGGAUAACAUUCGGCAUGGACUGUGCUGGAUAUACUUCCCAGAUGGAGGCAGCCUGGUAGGGGAAGUAAAUGAAGACGGGGAGAUGACUGGAGAGAAGAUAGCCUAUGUGUACCCGGAUAAGAGGACUGCACUGUACGGGAAGUUCAUUGACGGAGAGAUGCUGGAAGGAAAACUGGCUGCUCUGGUGUCCACUGAGGAAGGCAGGCCGCACUUUGACCUGAUGCCUGGAAGUUCCGUAUACCACUUCGAUAAGUCGACUUCAUCUUGCAUUUCUACUAAUGCUCUUCUUCCAGACCCAUAUGAAUCAGAGAGGGUUUAUGUUGCUGAAUCUCUCAUUUCCAGUGCUGGAGAAGGACUGUUUUCAAAGGUCGCAGUGGGACCUAACACUGUUAUGUCUUUUUAUAAUGGCGUCCGAAUUACACACCAGGAGGUUGACAGCAGGGACUGGGCCCUCAAUGGGAACACCCUCUCGCUUGAUGAAGAAACGGUCAUCGACGUGCCUGAGCCCUACAACCACGUGUCCAAGUACUGUGCCUCCUUGGGACACAAGGCAAAUCACUCCUUCACGCCAAACUGUACCUACGACAUGUUUGUCCACCCCCGUUUCGGGCCCAUCAAAUGCAUCCGCACACUCCGAGCAGUGGAGGCCGACGAGGAGCUCACCGUGGCCUAUGGCUAUGACCACAGCCCCCCGGGGAAGAGUGGGCCCGAAGCCCCCGAGUGGUACCAGGUGGAGCUGAAGGCCUUCCAGGCCACCCAGCAGAAGUGAAGGCCAGGCCCUGGGCUUCAGAGGCCGGGAACAGAAACUUGGAUCUAUGCACUAUGUUCAUCCAACUACGGGACAACCAGGGACUGCUCGUGCCGUGACAUCACACAUCCUCUCACUCUGCGUUCGCAACAGCCACCUUCUCGCAUACUAACUAGGUUUGACUGUAUUACUCAUACCAGAUUUAAAAUUAGCUAGCCUCGCAGCAGCGUCCUUCUGAGAGGCAUUGUGGAGCACUGACAUAGACAGCAGGAGGUUCUUGGGUGGUUCAAGUCUAAAUCUGGACCACAGUCAGAGAUGCCAAAUGAUUAGACUGAAAAGGGGAAAGGGGGCUUUUGUGUCGUUUUUAGUCAGUGGUUUUUCCAUGAUGUUUUUUUCCAAUGGCCAAUGCAAAGCGUGCUGUCACCACGCCUGCAGAUGGGCCAUAUGGAGAAUAGAGAAUUACUACAUUUUUAUUCUCUAAAUGUAGUAUAAUUUGCCUUUUAACCUUUGAUCUGUAUCUUGCAAUAGAAUGGCUUUGUUUUUUUCCCCCUAGCAAACAGAACCCCACUUUUGAGCCAUUUCACCCUCAGUCCUGUUCCCUAUCUUAGAUACCUUUCACAAGGGAAAACUCCCAAAUGGAUUUUGUGUCAGUGCCAGUGUGUAGGUCUCUCUGGCUCUUUCUAUAUCAUUGUUUCAUUAUUAUGUCCUAAUAUUAAAGAACUGGCUCAUAGAGCCGGGGUAUUAUUAUAGAAUUAUUAUUCUCGCAUGUAAACAAAGAUAUCUUUGCAUUAAGAUGUGAGAAGAAAGAGUUUACUUUGUUUGCAUUAAGUUUAUGGAAGAGUUGUAAUAUAUAUAUUUUAAGAAAGAAGAGAGGGAAAUUAGUAUUUCUAAGCAGUAACUGUGGCGAUUUUGCAAUAUCUUCAAUAGCGUUAGCAAUUCUUUUCUCUGGGCAUACACAUUAAAUGUACAUAACAUAGAGCAGUCUGGCUUGUGGCACAGUGCGCUGAAUUCAGAAGUCAAAUAGCAAGCUUGAAUUCUAACACAGAGUUCACAAGUUGUCUUGUUUUUGUUUGUUUUUUAAUCGCUACUAUUAAGAGAGACAUACUGAUCACUAGGUACAAAUCAACCCUUAAUGCUAAAACUCUUCAUCAUUGUAAUUUCAAAGCACUUACCUGCUUCAGAGCAUUGUGAAUUCAGAGUAACACCUGUAUAGUUUUAAAGCAACGAUAUCAAUAGCAUUUCAGCCUUUUUGCAAGCCAUGUGUAAUCACGACUGCAGAAAUAAGGAGAAAAAAAAACCUGUUUUUAGUUUAGCUAAUUAGGUAUAUAACAUAACUGGGAUUGCUCUGACUGAAUUCGGAGAGUUUGGGGUUUCUGUGGGCGCCCUCGCCACGUGCGAUAGCUGGGUCUUCCGCGGGGUGGCUGGGAGGUCUGCCGAGCAGCAGUGACUCGACCGGCAGCUGUCACCUGACCAUUUUGGUCCCGAAAGCUGAAUGAAGCCUUCCAAGCUGUAGCUGGUAGUGAGCUCUGGCUGAGGAGAGCAGGUUUGCUGGGAGGAGGACAAGAGCAAAGAACCCAGCAGAAGACAGUCUGAUAGUUCCUGUCCGUUACGCGUUGCUCUUAGGAAGAAUUGCCCAGAUGUGCCUGACCCAGGCUCUCACGGCCUUCAGUGCAGGCAGCCCCUGGGCACGGGACUCAGCCCUCCGGACGGUGACAAAAGCCGCCCUUCCUCUUGUGUGCAGCCCAGGCUUGCGGGGGCUCCCUCCCCAGCAGGGCCGGAGCAGCUGGGCGGCCUGGUUUCAGGGAGAUAGGCUGAUGGUCCACAUGAGAGGUUUCAGGGCUGCCAGAAAGAUGUCCCACAAAGGACCGAAGACUGCUUUCAGAUUCAAAGGCACCAGGAUAGGAUCGCUUCUAUUCUGUAGGAAGAGGCCGCUCUGUAAGCUGACAGACAGGCGGCCUUGGGACUUGUGUUCUGACAGGUGCUUUCCUUCCAAUGGGUCCCCACGCGAGGGGGUGUCAGCGGGAGAAAGGUGGCUUUAAUGAACCCCAGGGGGUUGUGCUGUGGAGUCAGGUCAGGGAGGGAGGUCAGGGAGAGGAUGGCGGGGCCACACCUCCGAGGCAGCCACCCUGGGAAGGACUUCAUUCCUGAGACUGCAAGGGGGUAUGACUUCUGUCCUAAUGGGCUACUCUAAUUACCCCAUUCAAAUGGGACUUUUCUUCUUUUUCUUUUUUUUUAUGAUGAGAGGGAUUGAAGGGUUGUAAGUAGUGAGUAACCAACCAUCCAUUCAUUACGUAUUGGACGGAAACACUCUGCAUCUAAAGCCCCGCAGGAAACAAACCCAGCGGAGCCUCUCUCCGUCUUUCUCCCUCCUCCCCUCGGGUCUGCUGGCUCUUCUCCUGCCCUCUCCUUCCUCUUCCUCCCUCGUCUGUGACAAGGCCUGGUGUCUGUGCGCACCUACACCCCCAGCCGACCUCCCCCUCUCUCCUCUGUGCUCGCAGCUCCUCCCUGGAGGUCUCUCUGGCUCUGAGCACCCUCUGUUCGGACCCGCCCCGUCUGUCUUCCCGUCUGUGUGGACCUCUCUCCAUUUACCCUGUGUCCCCUCUGGCUCUGUCGCUCCUGCCGUCCCCCUGCCACACACGCGCACACACUCCCAGGUGUGAGGCUUUGUCACGGGGAGAGUGGGAGGAGGCUGGGGUUCACCGUGACCUGGAGGUAGGAAAAGAAGUCGAGGGAGUUGACGGUCCCUAAGGAAGUAACUGGUGGGUAAGCGAGGGUUGUUCCCAGUUGGAGCCAAGCCUGAGGGGAAAGCCUGCGAGUCCUUACAUCCGCUGCGGGAGGAAACGCGUCAGAGCCUCCGGGGCUGGCUGUGUCCUCAGCGUCCUAAUCACAGCAGGAAAGGGGACGAUCCCAUGUCCAGGGGAAUAAAGAAGUCACUUUUUUCUCGCCCCCAAACCGGCCGGUGCCCGUGGGUGUGCAGCCUGCCGGGUCACGAGGGGAUUCGCUCAGAGCCUCUCAGCCCAGCCCCUGCAUGACCAGAACUUUCCUUAGCAGCUUUUCUGGGGUGAAAUGUUACCUUGUGUUCGUUAGGAAUAGGAACUCAUCCGUGGGAGUAUGUCCCCGAAUGGACAUCGGGACGGACUGACAAAAACAACUGUAAGGACUGAAUUCCCACGCAAAGAAAGGAUGGAAGUACGAGAGCAGGCCAGGAAGACUUGAGUUCUGUAGGACCUGUUCUUAUGUUCACGGCUUCGCGCCUGGGCUGCCUUAUCCAAGGCCUCUGUGAACCUGCGGGGGCUGCGGUAACACUUCUUUGCCCUCCGGAGGUCCUUCAUGCUUGAAAAACGAUUUCCUUCCCACCAACCAUCUGAAAAGGCCCAGGGGGAGGCCAAGUGUCACCAUCCCAACGUGCAGUUGUAACUGUUAAAAUGGCAGGAACUGUGAACAGUGAAUUCUAGGGUCGUCUCGCCAGUGAGAGAGCUGUGGCACUUUAGUAACUUCCCUUUAAUAUAGAAAAGUUUCAGUCACUCACCUGCAAAAUGCAUUUAAGAUCUGCCAAGAAGGUGAAGUUGUGUUUUGCUUUGUUUUAAAACAGUUGCCUCAAGUUUCUGUCUUAAGAGCAGUGAAUUAGAAGCCAGACAUUUUUCCUUUUAGAAAAACACGAGCAAAAACUAUGUUGCAAAGCUGAUGGUUGUGAUGUUUCUUUGCCACAGAUCAAAGGUUCACAAAAUACAUUAAAUCCACAUCUACUUGAGGUACCUUGAUAGAUUGGGGUUUGUUUGUUUUUUCUUUGAUCUUUCCCUGUAGGAGGUGGAGCCUCGGUGUACCUUUUUUAGUUUAAAAACUCUAAAUUUUAAUGGUUUUAUUUUGCCAAAUGUGUGCAUACAGACUCAAAGCAAUGAAACGAUUUCAAGCCAUACAACCACAAGGGUGGAAACCCUGUUCACAAAUUUUAAUGUGUUCGUAUGUAAAUAGAUGUUUGUAUGAAAUAUUUUCAUGGUAGAAUGACUAUAUUUAAAUGAAGUUGAAUUAUUCCAGUGCUGUUUAAACAAAUUACAAAUUUUUUUGGUGAGAUUUAUCUGAGUCUAUUGAGAUACAAUGCAGAUCAAUUUUGAUUUUUAAAAAUCAAAAGCCUACAAUUAACUCUGACCCGAGGCAACUUCCCUGCGUUGUUGCACCUGAUGUGGAGAGAGCUUGUAGGCUUCCCCAGUGCCUCAGCCCGUCCUGGUGUAAGUUAGGUGCUCGUGGAGGUGUGUCCACGCUUCAGUGACAUCACUCCUGGCCUCUGGGGGCCUGGGGUGAGUUCAAGGCAUUAGAGACACUGGUGCAUUUUAUCCAGAGCACAAUUUCUUUGCAGGGCAGCAGAAUCAGAAGCCAGACGUGGCCGUGUGAACCUCAGAGCUGGGUUUUCCGGCCACCGUCCACCGCCACCCUUACUGCCUAGUCACACAUGUCAGGGAGGCUGCCCUCAGUGGAGUUGGGGUUCAGACCCCGGGGUGGGACUUCACGGUGUUGCUAGCAGCCCCUGCCUCCUGACCUCCAGCUCGCAGAGAGGAAGGGGGAGGGCGCAGCUGGCAAGGGGCCCAUUUCUCAGCACAGAACCUUUCCUGUCUCAGCUCUGGGAGACUAUGCACGUUAGCACCAAACUUCCAGCCAGAGAGAGACGUCCUCGGAUAACGCCAAUCCUUGCUUCCUCGUCUGUGACUUCAAGACCAAGACCAAUCACACCCCUGGGACAUACCUCCCAGCUCCCCUGACGCUGACGUUACUAAAACACUCCUUUACAAUGGUUUUCAACUUGAGUGGGGUUUUUCUUUUUUCUGCUUUGGUCCUGGAUAGAAUGACAUGACCAAUUUUAUGAAAAAAUUUCACUGUGUAUACUAGCAAUAUGUCCACACACGCCACUGUAUCUUAACAUUGGCUUGGUUACAUUUUGGGUCACUGUAAUCAAUCUUGAUUCAUGGACUAGGAAAUACAGGGAGUACGUAAUGCCUGCUUAUCACAGAAGAAAUUAGGUUCGUGGUUCUGAGCUCCCUACUUCAAAAGUUUUCCUCCUGGUUUUCCUACCUUCUCUUUUUAUUGUGAAAUGCAUUUAUGAGGUUGUGAGGUAUGUUUACGGAUUGGAAGCCAGGGGUACGCUUUCAGCAUUUAUUGCAACCAAAAGUUAACCCCACCACAGUUAAUGAGCAUUUUUGACUGGUCUUCUGUGGAAUUUGAACUAAAUCUAUGAGCCUUAUUCAAUAUCUAUAAUUCUAUGAUUUUUUAAAAUUAUGGGAAAUUAAUGAAAGAUGUUUACAUGAAUAAUGUUUGCCCUUACUGAGUUAUGAAUGAGUUUUUUUGUAGUGUGUCUGGGUGCAUGUGCAAGAGAGUAGGAAAAAUGUUUCUGAAACAAAACUUGACAAAUAUUUGUAAUGAAAAGUAAAUUUAAAGAUUGCUAUAAUUGCGCUAUAGAAACAAUGCAAGUAUUAAACAAAAUAUACAAUCA